AUGAGCCAGAAUCCCUCCGCUGGUUGUAUGAGUGAAGCCUCACCAAUAGAUCCCAUUCGCAAUCACUCGGCACAGUCUACGCCUAGUGCAAGACAUACUCUUACUGAUCCUGUGCUGAGUAACAUUGAAGAUGAACAGAGGAACGGCAUUGAAAUUGCCGAGGCAGCGUUGGGCCAACCAAGAAGAAUUGGUGAAGUGCCGUUUUAUACAGGUGAUCAAACGGGACCUACGUCAGCACUUAACAUUUGCUCGCCGGAUGAAUCAUUACCGAAGCACUUUCUGAUCCCAGCGAGCAAGACAAAACUAUCCGACGAUGACCGAGAUUUCCUGCAAAGGAAAGGGGUAUACACUCUUCCGAAGAAAGAGACCUGCGAUAGCCUCAUUACAGCAUAUCUUUUGCACGUGCAUCCUAUCAUGCCAGUAAUUGAAGCAGAUGAUCUUCUAUUGCAUUACCAAGCUGGAAAACUCCAAGACUACAAUAUUUCUCUGUUGUGGAGUAUCUUUUUCGCAGCGACAAAUGUAUUUUCUUCCGUAUGA